AUGUCAUCAUCAUCACCUAUAAAUGAAAACGAUAAUGGGAAUAUAGAAAAUAAUAAUGAAACAAAUAUAACAGAAAAUGGCGAUAAUGGCGAAUCAAUUGAUAAAAAAGAUGAUAAUAUAGUACUUCCAUAUGAAAAUGACGAAGAAGAAGCAAAUUAUCUUAGAUUCAUUAUGGAAUUAGAAUUUAUACAAUGUUUAUCAAAUCCAAGAUAUUUAAAUUAUUUAGCACAAAAUCGUUAUUUUCAAGAUAAAGCAUUUGUAAAUUAUUUAGUUUAUCUUCAAUAUUGGAAAAAACCGGAAUAUGCUAAAUUUAUAGUUUACCCACAAAGUUUAUAUUUUUUAGAUCUCCUUCAAGAAGAAAGAUUUAGACAAGAAUUAAAUCAUUCUCAAUCAACUGAUUUCAUUCAUGAACAACAAUUCUAUCAUUGGCAAUAUUAUAGAAAUAAUAGAAUGUCCAUAAAAGAACAAGAAUUACAGCAACAGCAACAACAACAACAGCAACAACAAGUGCAACCACCAACAACAGUUUGA